AUUUUGAGAAUUUGAAAUUUAAAACUCGAGUUCACGGUAAUUCGAAUAUCUGAACCGGAGUCUAGUAGAUCCAAACAAGUUGCGGCGCUCAGACUAGCCGGCGAAGUGGAAUCAGGUUGUCGUCUCCGGUCACUUAUCCAACGAGAAAAGUUGUUCUCACGACCGUAGAGAAUCUUCUAGACUGUGUCGUCCGUCAUCGUUGCCGUAUUAACAGUGAAACCAACAUCGAUAUAGAAAAUGGGGCAUCAUAAUCAUCAUGCAACGGACGAUUUGGUGAAUCUGUUAACCAGAGCAAACCAUGAUCUCAGUAUGAUUCAAUACAAGCUCGAGAAAGAAUUCCAACAAGUUUACCCUGAAAAUGCUAAUCCGAUGAAGCUGGUUUCAAGGAUAAAGAAAGUGCAGGAAGAUUUGUCAACUUUGAAGGAACAGUGUCGUGAACUCUUAGCAGCCAAACAGGAUUUGAUUGAUAAGGCACGUACAACUCUUGUUGGGAACAGAAGUUUAGUCCAGAAGAUGCAAGCUUCCCUGGACAUUCCUGUCACCAGUGAGUCUGAAGAUCCUGCAUUUGCUAGCUUCAAGGAGAUUAUUGAUGAGUGGACGGUUCAAUUGAGAUCAAGAACAGGAGAUGAGAAUCAUGACUCGGAUUCUGAGGAUAUCAACAAAUUACUUUUCUCAGCUAUUGUUGAAAGCAACUGAGCAGCUUCAGCGUACAAAUCUUUAUCAGUGCCAAAUUAUAGUAUUUUCUUGCUACAAGGGAUGAUGAAUUGAGGAUUUCAGAAUCGUUUAAAAAUUGAAGUGCAAAUAACUACAGUUUGUUAGUCAUAAGACCAAUGAAAUGUUGGUCUUAUAAUCUACUGAACAGAUUCUAGUUAACUUAUAGUUUGUGAUUGAUAAUGUCCUACUUUAUUCUCCUUUGCGCUUCAGUUAUGCAUAAGCUAAAAUUCUCAAUUACAUUUCCCCAGCCUCCGUUUUUUAAACAAUAAUACUAUGCGUAUUUACGAGUAUACUAACCAGUGUAUUAACCUUUGUAAAUAUAAAGCAUAGUACGGAUACCACAAGCAUAGUAUGGAUACUAUAUAUAAUUUUAACAAAGGUUAGUA